AUGGGGACUCGUCUAGAGGAGGCCGUCAAAGAAGGUAUCAUUGUAUUUGAGAAGGGUGAGUCUUCUACAAGUGGGUCGAAGAGGUAUGGCAAUGGCCACCACAAGAAGAAGGAAACAGAGGUUGGAAUGGUAUCCUCGGGAGCAGGUCAGUCUACGGCUACUGUCGCCCCUGUUAAUGCUGCUCAGCUACCUCCACCAUACCCCUAUACACCAUAUUCUCAGCAUCCAUUCUUCCCACCGUUUUACCAUCAAUAUCCUUUGCCAUCAGGACCACCUCAGGUACCCGUGAAUGCUAUUGUGCAACAGAAGCCACAACAACCACCAGUUCAGCAACAACAACAGCAACAACAGCAGCAUUUUGCUAGGCCUACUUUUCCUCCAAUCCCGGUGUUGUAUGCUGAUUUACUUCCAACAUUACUUCAGAGAGGUCAUUGUACGACUAGGCAGGGUAAGCCUCCGCCAGAUCCAUUACCACCAAGGUUUCGUACUGAUCUCAAGUGUGACUUUCAUCAGGGGGCCUUGGGUCACGACGUUGAGAGGUGUUAUGCUUUAAAGUAUAUUGUCCAGAGGCUUAUUGACCAAGGAAAGCUGACUUUUGAGAACAGUACUCCUCAUGUCCUUGAUAACCCUCUUCCAGACCAUGCUGCAGUAAACAUGAUUGAAGCGUAUGAAGAAGCGCCCAAACUAGAUGUCCGUAAUGUUGCGACUCCUUUGUUGCUGUGCGCCCUUAAUCCCUUGGGUUGCCGCAUUGUGCAAGAGGAUAUCCAGAGCUUGAUGAAUGAUAAUCAUCUGACUGUUAGUGAUGUUUGUGUAAUUGUGCCGGUAUUCCAUGAUGUGCCUGCAAGGAGUUCACCCAUGAGAGAGAACGUGGUGCCACUAGUGAUAAGGUUGCCUGGGCCGGUACCUUAUACCUCAGACAAGGCCGUCCCUUAUAAGUAUAAUGCUACCGUUGUUGAAGAUGGAAAGGAGGUACCUUUGGCGUCCUCAGUUGUGAUGAAUAACAAUGUUGAAGGGACCACAGCGGUGUUAAGGAGUGGAAGAGUUCGUCCUCCUUUGUUUCAGCAAAAGAUACCUGCUGCAUCACCUGCUGAUAAGUCAAUCCCGACUGAUGUAUCUCCCGUUGUUCAAGGUGUGGGACAGUCCAGUCAGUCUCUAGAGGACUCCAACCUGGACGAGAUCCUGAGGAUAAUCAAAAGGAGCGAUUAUAAGAUCGUGGAUCAGUUAUUACAAACACCGUCGAAGAUAUCUGUCCUAUCUUUGCUUCUGAGUUCUGAGGCUCACAGAAAGACUUUGUUGAAGGUGUUGGAGCAAGCGUAUGUCGACCAUGAGGUUACCGAGGAUCGGUUUGGUGAUAUAGUGGGGAAUAUUACAGCUUGUAACAAUCUGUGGUUUGGUGAAGACGAGUUACCUGAAGUGGGAAAGUGCCACAAUUUGGCUUUGCAUAUUUCGGUGAAUUGUAAAUCUGAUAUGUUGUCCAAUGUGCUGGUGGACACAGGAUCGUCUUUGAACGUAAUGCCCAAGUCAACGCUGGACCAGUUGAGCUACCGUGAGACUCCGCUAAGAAGAAGCACUUUCCUAGUGAAAGCAUUUGAUGGGUCCCGCAAGAAUGUCCUCGGGGAGAUAGAUUUGCCAAUAACUGUUGGCCCUGAGAACUUCUUAAUCACGUUCCAAGUCAUGGAUAUUAAUGCUUCAUACAGCUGCGCGGAGCCUGAGAAAGCUGGGGCUGCCAUGGCUUCAUUGAAAGAUGCUCAGAGGGUUAUUCAAGAAGGUCAGACUGCCGGUUGGGGCAAGUUGAUACAGCUUCAUGAGAACAAGCGUAAAGAAGGUUGA